UGGACUCAGAGAAAUCCCUGUCCCCUCUGGUGGACGAGACCCAGCCCUUCACCGUCCCGUUCCGGCCCUAUGCCUGGAGCAGCUACCAGGGGCCAGGGCUGAGGCCCCUCGGGGAGCAGCCCCUCCAUCCUGACCUGGAGGACAGGGGAGCGGCGGCGAUGGCUCUGUACGCCAACAGGAGCUCCCACCCGGCCCUGUUUGCAGAGCGAGCCCUGCUGGAGGAGCCCUUCAGUGACUACAGGAGGCACGCUGCCGCCCUGCUCUUCCCUGAGGCCGGCCUGCACAAAGGGCCUGACGUGAAGGGCCCCGGCCCCGCCCAGCUGCUGUGUCCCAGCCUCAUCCUGAACGGAGCCUACAAGUGUGUGAAGUGUGGCAAGGUGUUCUCCACCCCGCACGGUCUGGAGGUCCACGUCCGCAGGUCCCACAGCGGCACCCGGCCCUUCGCGUGCGACAUCUGCGGCAAAACGUUCGGGCACGCAGUGAGCCUGGAGCAGCACAAGUCCGUACACUCACAGGAAAGAAGCUUCGACUGUAAAAUCUGCGGGAAGAGCUUCAAGCGCUCCUCCACCCUCUCCACGCACCUGCUCAUCCACUCCGACACGCGGCCCUACCCGUGCCAGUUCUGCGGAAAAAGGUUCCACCAGAAGUCGGACAUGAAGAAGCACACCUUCAUCCACACAGGCGAGAAACCGCACAAAUGUCAGGUGUGUGGGAAGGCCUUCAGCCAGAGCUCCAACCUGAUCACACACAGCCGCAAACACACCGGAUACAAGCCGUUCGGCUGCGACCUCUGCGGGAAGGGCUUCCAGAGGAAGGUGGACCUGAGGAGGCACAAGGAGACGCAGCAUGGGCUCAAAUAGGACCGAAACUAGAACCAGAUCAGUGACUCUUUCAGAAACAGAGACGAGACUGAGGAGUCGGACUUUGAUCUAUCUUCAAAUAUUAUAUUGUUGAGGACUGAAAGCGGACUCUGCAGAGAGAUCAGAAUCAGGUCCUUCAGGAUGAAGAGAGAUUAAAAACUGUAAAUAAAGUCAGCUGAUAAAAAUCUG